GGCUAGGGACGUCGAGAAAGGCGUGCGCAUGUCAGUACUGGAGUGUCGCCUUUCCCAUCCCAACACCUCGCGGACCACACCUCACUCCACCUCCACAACCACUCCACACACUCCAUUCCACCUCCCGCACCACAAAACAGAGUCCGUGUGCGUGUGUGCGUGCGUGUACGUUUGCGUGUGUGCGUGUACUCGUCAUUUUCAGAAGAACCCUUUCCAUAUUGUGAGUGCGUGACUGCGUGUUCCUCAGCCCCCGUCUCACGCACACGCGCGUUUCCACACAUACAUGCACACUCAUACCACUCUGAAAGCCUUAGAAAACCCACGUAAUUAAAGCAAAGCAAAGCAAACCAAGAUAAAUAAGACGGAAAAGUGAUAAAGGUGUUUUGGGAAAGUGACAGACGCCAUGUUUCAAUAAGUUCCUCCCCUUCUUUUUCUUGUUCCACCUCUCCCUCUUCCCCAGUGAGGCGACAUGGGGUUGAAACUGACCUGGGGGAACUUACUGACCUUCCUCAUUACUGUGUGGGUCACGUACACCUGCGCCCUUCGAACCUGCCAGCCGGAUGACUUUCACUAUGAGUUCACUGAAUGCGACACAACAGGGGGCCGGUGGAGGGUGAGUGUGCCUGCCGCUGACACCUGCGAGGGAGGCAACCCACGACCCCUAAGGAGGACUCAGGGAUGCAGCGUUUCAUGUGACCCUGGAUGGUACUUCAACGUUGGGGAGCUGGAGUGUGCCGCUUGCCCCAAUGGUACCUACUCCCUUGGUGGCGGCGUUCGGUAUGACUCUUGGCAGGUCCUCCCUACUGGAUUCACUGCUUAUACUGAGGUCUUUCGGUCUGCGUUCUUCAUAAAGGGCCGGAGACAUGGGGACCUAAAUUGUAGUGAGUAUGGCUGGCAGACUAAGGGUGAUGUCAUUGCCAGCAAGGGAGGACCAUGUGCUGCCUUCCUUAUGUACACUGUCAAGCUGGUGAAGCCCGGAGCUGUCACUUACGUCUACCAGUACACAGACGAGGACAUUAUCUUUGAAUUUGAGGCCCAGGAUGAGGAGUGCCAGAUUAUCACCGAGAGAGAGGGUGCCAAGUGGCCGCCUCUUACCCCAGAAGGACAGUGGAAGAAGAGGACCCUGGAACUUGACCCUGGGGUGUAUGUGCUGCACUGGAAGACUAUCGGCAUUGAGGUGCAUGGACCGUCAAGACCUGUGCUGAUCAAGAGUGUGCAUAUCAGUGGUGUGGCCCACUCGUCAGAAUGCUCGCCAUGUCCUGACGGAACGUUCAGUGGGCCGGCAGCCUCAGAGUGUCAGGAAUGCCCAGAAGACACUUACUCUCCACGCCGUUCCUCUACCUGUAAACUCUGCGACAGUGUGACAGAGUACGCACCCAAACGAUCUGGAAAGUGUCUGCCGCGCCCCCCCUGCACCUCCAGUGAUUAUUAUGAAAUGGAUUCUGCUUGUAAUGAAAAGAAUCAGACUUUUGCAGUGUACAAGUGGGUGGAGCCAAUGGUGUGCCGGCAGUCACUGGAGGGCUCUGUGUCACUGCCUCCCUCUGGUAAAAUGAAGCCCUGCCCGCCCUGUAACGCUGGCAUGCACUACGUUCCCACCCAAGGGUGUAUGUUCUGCCCUCGGAACCACUACGGGGAUGGUGUGUCGCCCUGCCAGGCCUGCCCCCCCAACACCGCCCCAAACUAUGGCUACCAGUACCAGUGGUGGACUACCCUCCCCCCCAACAUGGCCUCCACCUGCAUGUCCUAUGAUGAUGUUGGAUGCAGUAGUCCGUAUGGAUGGCAGGAGGCGGGUGACCAUAUCCACACCAGGAGGGGAAAUGUGGAUGAUGCCUAUUUGGUGCUGAGUCUCAAGGUGUGGGGCUUCCGAGGGCGUGAAGGAUUUGUAGGCAGGCUGAUGGAGGUAGGACGCAUAUCGUUCACUUUCGAGUUAUCCUGCACCUCUGACUGCCAGUUUGUCUUCAUGGAGGCCUCCAGCAAGAAUGACGCCAAGCCCUUACAAGUGUGGACCGGUUCACAACCCAGGCAGUUCUACAGUUAUCUCAUCACUCGUAAUGACUCCUACAGCUUCUCCUGGUCAUUCCAAAAGGUGCCGUGGGAGGAGAGUUCCAUCAAGCCCCGGGGAUCACUGCGACUCUUUGAAACUGACGUAGCCAAGAUUUUCAAUAUAAAUGUCUCGAACACUGUAGAGGGAGGCGCAUCCAGCUGUCUGCCUUGCUUCCAGCAGGCACAGGCAGCAGCGGGGUGCAUACCAUGUCCUGUGGGGCAUUAUAUAGAGAAGAACAGCACUGAAUGUACCCCCUGCCCCCCCAACACUGUGGUGACGGACGCCCUCCCCUAUGGCCCUGAGUCUUGCCUUCCCUGCGGCCCUGGUCUGGUGGCCCCCGAUCAUCUCUCCUGUGGGGCGCAGUGUCACCUCAGAGUCGGGAAUUAUACGUAUGAUCUCACUAAUAUUAGCAGCCCCAGGAGCCUGACAGCCGGCACCCUCUUCACCUCUUCUGGCACCAAGUUCUACCACGUGUUUAAUAUUUCCAUCUGCGGCAACACAACUGUCAACUGUUCCAACAAUAUUUCCUACUCGCUGGACGGGGAACCUGCAUCCAACACCGUGAUAUCACGAGUGUGCCGCUUCACCCUGGUGCCGGGGGUGGAGGGAGUGAUAGAGGGGGGCCACACGGGCAAGCUAGCCACUCAGUCGGUGUCCCUGGGUGAUCAUCUGAUAGGGUAUUCCACCAAUACCACCCUUAUGAACAUCUCUGUCAUCGAUGAGUUUAUCAACCCCCACCCAGCAGUGUCCCCUGAUCUCCACUUCUUCUACACUGCACCCCAGUCAACAAGGGCAUGUCCCAAUGGGCGGGCAACAACCUUGACCCUGCGAUGUGACCCUGAGCAGCCCGGGUCAGGCAAGGUGGUGCUGCCUACUCAAUGCCCCGAUGGAACUUGUGAUGGUUGCAACUUUCACUUCCUGUGGUCGUCUGCCUACGCCUGCCGACAGUGUGCCCCUGAAGACCUCACCACGGUGCACGGGGAGUGUGUCAAGGGUUUCCAGAAGGUACAUUACAUCACACCCAGCCACUGCCGACACGAGCACUCCAAGGAAGGCCGCCUCGUGCCAUGUUCUGUGCGCCUCUCCUUCCUAGUGGAGGUGAUUGUGCUAAGUGCUGUGGGUGUGGCGCUGCUGCCGUGCCUUCUGCUGUUCUGUCUGUGGAAGAAGAACCAGCGUUUGGAAUACAAGUACAUGAAACUGGUGGCCAAGGAGUCAUCCAAGGAUGGCAUGAUGGAGCUGCCACCUGCUGAGUCGUGUGCACUGGAUGACGGGGAGGAGGAGGAGGUGCAGUUCAGCAAGCAGCCACCAAGAGGACUGCUGGGGAAGUUCAAACAGCAUAAAAUUGUGGCUACAGAAGGUCGUGGCUUACUGAUGGACUCUCACGCACCUCUCACUCUCACUUCCAAGGACCAGCUCACCUGAACACACCACACACCACUACACGAACCACACACCACCAAUACCAUUUGUGAAAACACCUCACUGAUUUAGACACCCAAUCAGGAAAUGUUCAGACACUUGCCUUGCCUCACUCUUAGUCAAAACAAGCCAGCCAGACAGUCACAGUGAGGCGAGAGUCAAGGGCUGUUUCCUAUUGGUGUGUUUUGGUGUUCUCAAUGUGUCAGCGUGUGUGUAUGUGUGUGUGUUGGUUUAAGCUGGUGAGGCCACAGGGAAAUAGACACAAUAUAUCUCUGACUGACUGACAUAUGCUUUCACUCACUAUUUCACUCAGUAGUAGAUUGACAUAUUCCCAUCUUGUUUUGAAAUGUGUGGUGCAUCUAUUGUAUUCUUCUCAAAACCAGUGUGAUUGCAAGACACCUGCUUGUUUUGGCUUGGUAAUCCAGUGUUUUAUUAGCAAGCAAAGGUCUUACUAGAAAUAUGUCAUAACUGCUACACAUUUUGAAGUAUGAUGGGAAUAUAGAGACUGGCGAGUGAGUGAGUGAGUGAGAGCAUCAGUGUGUUCCUGUGUCUCCCCAUACCUGCAACACACACACACACACACACACACACACACACACACACACACACACACACACACACACACACACACACACACACACACACACACACACAACACUUACUUGGUGAUGCACAGUGUAGCAGCAAAGUGAAUGUUUCUCCACUACAAUUGUAACUCAGUGAAGUGCUGCUUAAGUUCAUUGUCUACUUAAUUCCAGUGCUGAGUGCUCUUUACUAAGUUUGAUAAAUAUACAGCUGCUGCUUUAUUUUAUUAUUUUUGUUUAUUUGUCUUAGUUUGUAGUUGUUCUUUUUAUAUUUUUAUAUGUAAGUUACUAUUUGUUAUUGAAAAAUGUUAGUUUCAUCUGACUGUGUGGACUUUUUUGUGUCUGGCAGUGAAAAAAUGGUAGGAGUGUUAGGGAAUUUAUACAUAAUUAAUAUUUUCUGGGAUGUGAGAGACAAGGAUCUUAUAAGAAAAGAAGAAAGUGAGUCAGUGUCAUAUUCUAGUCUGUAAUCCUCCAGUAUUUAUUCAUUGUUACUGUUUACUAUUAAGGAAUCAUGUAUUUUUGCUUCUUUAUUAUUUAUAAGUAAGCGAUUAUGAAAAGAAGACAUAAGUGUUGAUAACUUAGCUACAUAUAUAGAAAAUUAUUGUCUCAAUUUUUUAAUAAUAGAUAAGGAAGAAAAGGGUAAAAGUUAAAAGUUUACAAAAUAUUGACAUUUUUACCAGGUUUUAUGAUUUUUAAUGUUUUAAUAAAAAGAUGGAAAUGUC